CACUGCAAAAAUAUUCAGAAGGGGCAUAGCCUACUGCUUUAAGAGUAGAUAUAGAUAUCUGUUGUGGUGCAUUUGUUAAAGUUUUAGUUGAAUAUGAGAGUAAAAUGAUCAAAUAAACCAAAAGCCAUCACAGCAAACUACGGGAGUUUUCAGAGCAUAAAUGAUGAAGAAGUCUGUGGUGUCUUACCUCUGAAGACAACACCAACGAUUGGAUCUGGAUUUCCAAGUUUCUUCUUAGGAAUCCCGUUGGCGGAUUCAACAAUUAUCCGCAACAUUUUGACAAAAGCAAAGAUUUCUUCAGAGAAAGCGGCUCAUAUUCCGCUGAGACAGAGGAAGCCUCAGAGAGGACUGCACACAGAUGUGGGGAGGGAAGAGGAGUGGGUAUACCGGGACAGCCUCACUCAUGACUCAGAGGCAAGAAACACACCAGCCAGUUAACCAGCCAGCCAGGGGGAAGUGGGUUACAGCAGGCGAGAAAAACAAACACACAAGAAAAGCUUUACCUUCAUGAAAAUGAUCUAAUCGUCACUCAAUUUGACUUCACAUCACUGUGUGCAGAAGUUAACUCAUUCACUAACGCUAACCCUGGUGCUCUUCAUGUACCGCAGCGCCCUCAAGUGGUGAUGUGAGGAACAGUUUAGCCAAACCACAUUUGCCAUAGGCCUACUGUAAAAAUGUACGCCUAACUAAAAAUACGAGUUUCUAAUUGAGUAUUUCUCACCUAAAAUGCUUUGAAAAAAGUAUACAUAUAACUACAACACACUCAUUGAGUGGCCAGUAAAGUUUAUCACCUGCUAAAGUGAGCGGAGCAGUUUAGGCGGGAGUUUCUAAGGCAACAGUUUCCUGCAGUCCUGUGACAGUUACAACCAUCCAGCCCUGCCAAGGUAAUAUAAAACUAGUUUAUUUACCUAAUCUGGUAGAUUUGUGAAUCUGUAAUUUAACAAAAUCAGACAUAUUAAAUAUAGGUGGCGCAAUGGGAACUUAAUCGGUAUUUUUGUUAGCUAACAUUUCCAACUGAAGCAUUUUCCUUCACUGGAGCACCAACAGGGCUAGCUAAGUGACACAACUGAUGUGUUUUUUUCCAUUUACUCCACCUUUAUUAAACUAAAGGACAUUACAGGUACACAGCAAACAAAGUAUGGAUAUUGCAGUUAAUAUUGACUACAUACUAAAAUAUAAUUAACAAGAAGAAAACGUGAGAGAUCAAGAGUCAAAGAGCAUAUUAAUGUUAUGAACACCCAAUACAAUGACUACCUAAAUUCUGCUUUUACAAAGCUUACAUUUUUUAGUUUAGUUUUGUUUACAUGGUUGACUUUAAAUUAGAUAUUAGAUAGGUGGUGUAUGAAUGUGGAUCAUAUGGAAAAGUGCUCCUAAUGUUUUUCUCACACUAUGAUUGUCCGGAAGUGGACAAAACAAUAGGAACACCUUUCAUUUGCACACCGGAGUGCCACACUACCACCAACUAUGGCUAUAAUAAUAGGUAUGAUUGCACAGAUGUAGUGUAGUGUAGUAUUAUAACUAAUAAUUAAUAGAAAAUUAUAGACUUAUAUUAAAUAUUGCCAGCUGCCAUUUACAUAAGUAGAUGAGAUAUUUCAUAUUCAUCCUGCUUUUUUCUGUGAAAAAUUGUGAAAAAGUGCCACAGUUAGUACCAGUUCCUCAAUUUUUAUUUUCAUUUUACUUACUUUUUAAUCUCAGUGUUAGUUCACAAUUUGGCAAAAUUGUUUGCAACACUCAUGCCAAUAAAUUACAUUGAAUUGAAUUAAUUGAAAAAUUAUUAAAAUUAAUCCACAUUUAAAUCAUUUGCUGUUGCUUUGGAAAUAUGUUUUUAUUUUGUUUGUUUUUUAAUUGUAUUUUAUUUUGUAACAUUUUUGAAGUCUUACUUUUGUGUCAGACUGUCAAGAUGGUGCCCGCCAAAUACAGAGUUUCCCUCAGAAAGAAACUCAAGGCAGAGCUUGAGGGAGCUGUCAGCAUUCUGAGCAAGGAGAAUGACUACCUAAAGAAGACCCUGAAUGAGUUUCACCUGCAUUAUUCAGCACUCAACAAGCUACUUGAGGUGAGCUCUAUCAAAUGUUUCCUGCCAUAAAUACUUACUCUCAGAGCUGAAUUUCUUUGUAAUUCAUGGUGUUUAACAGAUUCUGAAUGUCUUCCUGCAGCAAUUUCUCAUUCUUGAGACGGUAAGACUAGAGGGAAGUCAGCAGCUGAAGGCUGAAGCAAAUCUGAUAGAUGAAGUGAGUUUGAAGAUAAGGGGAAUCAUAUCCAGCUACUCAUCAGAGAUCGAAGAUCUCAAGAACAAGCUUGUGAGUGUCUCAGCUAGACUUAAGUAUGUCGAGGACAAUGUUAUAAAGAAUAAGGUAAAUGAGCUGAGAUCUGGGGAUCCGUCUCCCCUCUCAGUGAUCAAUAUAAAUACAUAUUUAAGAUAGAGAAUAUUACAAUCCACAAAAUUAUUAAUGUAUCUGUUGACUUGCCUAACCUCAGCUGCACAUUAUCGACCAAUUUGUUCACCAACAUCAUGACUACAUCGAAGGGAAGUGCAUAGUUGUCACAAAUAACAGAAAUAAUGGAGAGUGAAUCAGCAUAUAUUACACAGGGUCCUGAAACCAAACCAUAGUCAAACUAGCUUCAGUGAAUAAGGAGUUGUACCAGUGUUAUACCACUAGAUGGCAGCAGUCAUUUUCAAGUGUCGGUCUUUCCCUCACAAAAAAAACACUUCCCUCUAUCCUAAAAUCCCAGAGCUAUAUGCACAGAAUACAAUAUGUCAAAUAAAUGUAGAAGUUGAUGCUCCAAUUCAAAACUUAUCCAAAUCAUGUUUUGACAUAUCACAAUAAGGUCUGCUUUUUUAAGGUUAAUAUUAAUUAACACGAAGUCCAUUUGGUGGCAUGCUGUAUUUAUUCACAGGGUUCCACCUCAGAUGAAGACGUUUCUACUGACGAUGUAAGACAGCUUGAAAGUAACCUCAAAGACGUAUGUGUUUUCUAUUAACUAUCCAGUCUCUGUUUUUGUUGUUGUACUUUCUACUCUGUGUGUGUACUUGUUUCUAAUGAGGAUGUUUGGCUAUGUACAGUAAACAUGUCUUGCUGAGUGAUUCUGCUUUGGAGCCAUCCCACUGGCUCAAUUCUCUUUCUGUCUUUUUCUGUUAUGUGUGUCUCAUUCUUUUAUUGUGUGCCCCGAGGCCUUGGAGAAGAACAAGCAGUGGCUGGAGUAUGACCAGCAGAGAGAGGCCUAUGUGAGGGCGAUUCUGGACAGAAUGUUAUGGCUGGAGAAGCAGCUGAACGAAGCCAAUCAGGCCUGCUUACAGAGACACAAUGAGCGCCAUUCAGAUGGUAAGCCCAAGAGACAGUGGGCAGUGAGCAUUCACCGCUGGGGCAUCAAGGGGCAACAGACUGUCACAACAAGGUUUUUAAGAUACUGAGAUUGCCCCUGAGAAACACACUUAAACAGAAUCUGCAUAAUGUCAUACGCUGUCAAAAACGCUUAUCCCUCUUUUAUCACUAUGUAGUGUUUGCACAAGGCUUUCUCUAAUAUUUGAAUGUCUAUUUCAAUGUGCUUUCCUCCUUUUUUCUUAAGAUUUUCAUUUUCAUCCUCUGCCUUUCUCGUUACAGAGAAGGAUCAGAUAAGACAGAUGCAAGAGCACUAUGAAACACUCUUACUGAAAGCAAACGAUAAACUGGAGCUGCUCAGGUACAAGCUUGACAGGACCAGCCAAAAUCUGAUAAGAACUCAGAACAGGUACCUCAAGUCUUCUGCCUAAUAAAUAAGUAAUAUAGUGCGCAAAGGUUUUACAUGGUGAGAGUUGUGACCAGCCUCUUGAUGCUUAGUUGCAAGGAAAGGGAGUCUGAGGUAGAGGAGCUCAGACGGCAGCUACAGACUUUCAAAUUAGGUGCACUAGAAGAUCCUGGUUGCGCAGAAGACCUGCGCAGCAGACUUGAUGAAGAGAGGCGUAAGUCAGCAAACUUAGAGCUACAGGUAUGUACUGUAUAUCAUUAGAGAUAUAGGCAAACAAAAAUCCUACCAUUGUUAUACAAGUGGCGCAAGAUGUUCACUACAUUAUAAUGUCUCUUUUCUAGGCGGACAUCCGUGAAAGGUUUUUUAAAAAUGGUUACCAGGAUGACCAGAAAAGGAUUGCAGACCUAGAGCGGCAGGUAUGACAGACACUCUUAAAUAACGUCCAUUAAAUUUUCUUUUCUAAUUUAACCCUCUUCAAAAUUUUAGAUCAAGAUUUCUGCUCAGGACCUUGAGGAUGAGAGGCAGGAUUGUUUACAUUUAAGGAAGCUAAUGCUCAAAGUUCGGAAGACGCGGCAAAACACUAGAGGCCGUCCGACUAAACUGUCGAAGGUUAGCAAAGACUAGAGAACUAUGAGCUGAAUAAACUGUGAACUUGGGAGAGUAAUGUGAACGUCUGAUUAUUCCACCAUGGUCACCACCCAGUCGCUGGCUUUUUCUGUCUGCUGUUGGGCUGACAAUGUGGCGAUUUUUAUUGGCUGAAAAGAGCGGCCUGUUGCACCUUAAAUUUGAUGAAGCUGAUACCAAAAAAUCCCCCAGAUCAGAGAGGUUAGAACAUGCACUUUUGCUUCUGUGUCGCUAUGAUUGAUCAGUUUGACCUCACUGAUCAUUUUUUUAUAUUAAAAGUGUCAAAAUUGUUUUUGCAAAAACUGCUUCAAUCACUCUGAAUUUUAAUUACAAAGACCGAUUAAUGACUCAUUUUGCAUUAGAGAGAACAGCAGGAUCACAUCCCAGGCAAAGUUGCAACUCCACCAUCUCCAUCCACCAGAGAUAGCCUUCAAUCAUUCCCUCACAACAGUCUGAAGGAUGAGAGCUGCCUGGAGUGUCCCAUCUGCCAGACCCAGUAUCCUGCUCAUCAGUACAGAGACCUGAUUUACCAUCUAGACGUCUGUCAUGACUGAGAGAAAAGAGGAAAAGUUUCUUCUAGUCUGUUCUUUGUGUUGUAUGGAAUCCAAAUAAACUACGUUCUGAAGUUCCUGAGGCUGUGCUCCUGAUUAUAAACAAAGCCAUGAAUCAAAAAUCAACUAGAGGAUCUUAUGUUGUGCUACAUAAAGUCAGGGCCCCUUUAGAUGCUACAGUGCAAAUCCGUGAGUUGAUGUGGCGCCACCAUCCAGUAAAAGUUUGCCCAAUGAAAAUCUCAAUUUAUGGGUGCCAUUUUUUUGCAACAAAUGGUCAUGGUUUCCAGAUGUUAAGUUCUCAUGAACAUAGUUUUCUCCUGGCUUUUUAUGGGUCGCACAUUUCUCAGUCAGAGUGCAAAAAACUGAACAGAUACUGGAUGGACUGACUUGUUGAUCACUACCUUUCAUCUAGUACCAGCUGAAAGUUGAUUUGACACUUACGUAUGACCAAAUACUUGCAAAACUAAUCACAUUCCCAUCAGCCUCAGCUAUAGUCUGUGUUUGGUAUUGUAAUGAUCAUCUAUGUUAGCGUCCUGAUGUUAGCUUUAAGCCCAAAGCACUGUUGUGUACAUGUUCAGUCUCUGCUCAAGACACAAGUAUGAAAACUCACAUUCUUAUUUAAAAGUUAAAAAUAUAUGUUUCCGUGAUCAAAAAACGAAGCUGCAGGUUCUUGACCCCUACCAGGUUUCACACUGUCCGAACCAGAUGACUAGCUCAAAACAGCUUGUGUGAGUUAAUCCUUUUCCUGUGCUAUUUAAAGAAGUGGAUUAGUAUUGCCAGCAAACAAUAUGGGAGGUGUGAGGCCUAUGCAGUGGCUGGGAGCUCAGAAAGGGGACAUGACACCAAAAGUUAACAGAGACUAACAGCUGAAGAAUAAGAUGCUAAUAUAGCUUUGUUCCUUACCAACUUAUUUUGCCUUUCAGGAAGGUUUCAGUGCAGAAAUGGAAAUUCAUGGAAAUUUAGCCCUAUGAGAGAGGCAGAGAUCAUGGAAGGUGUUGCUUUCAUAGCCCUAAAAAGGACCAAGACUUGAUGUGAAAUAGAUCAUUUAACAUAACACAGCGUACAUGCAAAACAAACACCUCUCAGGUAAAAGUCUCCUCUUGAAAGAAAGAGAGUCAUGAAUCAAAGUAAAUUCUUUCUAAAUUGGGUUUAAGCUAAAAGCUUAUUUUGCAGGGCAAACAUUGAUCUCUUUCUAUAGGAUGUUCACCUGGUAAUCUAAUUCACAGUGUAAAUAAAAUGGUUUCAAGCUAAUGAGAUCACCUGUAGCUUGUUUGCAAUGUACACAGCACAGCGUAGCAGCAAAACAGUCACACUGGCGGCAGAUUAACCCCUUGUUAGAUUGACAACAGUGCAACAAAUCAUCUUGUGUUGCAAUUAAAAGUAGAUCUACUAUUAAACAUGCUACAGGACAUAUUCCAUGAGACAUCCUGUAAAUGUAUGUCUCUACUCCAGCUCUUAUCGGCAGGUCACCUCCCUCCAACUGCUCUCCUUGUCUUGUAUUCACCCACACACUUGUCUGGAAGACUAAGGAAAGAAAUGAGAUGGUAUUUUGGAUCUUCAUAAUCUUUUUCUGCUCUGUUACCUUAGCAAUGACUCAAUCCUCAUAAGAAACUUUGCUUAUUUUCCCUUCUCUUCUGAUCCACACCUUCCAGAUUGUAUUUUCACUGCUAUUAUUGAGCUCCUGCGUAUCUCUGCUGUCCUGAUCCCAGUGGGAAAAGUUGCUGAAAUUCAAGCACUGGUUACCUAGAGAGCACAGACUGCCAGCCCAGACAAUCUCC